CUAAGCCCCGCCCCGCUGUUUUGGACCCACGUGUGUAGCGGAAGAUAUAUGUUGAUAUUUUACAUUUCUGUUCAUUUUUAGCUGGAUAAACUGUGACAGCGCGGCUCAACCGUCGACAUGGACCUCGCCUCUAGAGACACGUACAUUCAGAAAUUGGCGAGUAAGGUAUUUUCCCAACGCGACCAAGAGCCAAAGAAGAGACCGUUUGUUCAUUUCAAGGGUAAGAAUGACAGUGGUCCCCCAAAGAAGAAGAAAAAGUGUAAAAAGAAGCACUUUAAGGAAAGGGACAUGAAUGAGAAGACACCUAAACCCAAACAGAAGCCCUCAGUCUCUCCAGCAGCACACAAAACCCAGACCACAGCAAAACCCAAUGGAUCUGCAAAACAGACACCUAAAGGAGUAAAAGCACAGUCGACCUUCUCAACAGUAGAUGUUCUACGUAAGAGGCUACAUGAAAAGAUCGAGGAGUCCAGAGGGCAGGGAGCCCCUCAGGAUGCAUUAUCAGAGGCUGUCCAGGCUAAGCGAGCAAAGCGAAAGCUGGAACGAGAGCGCAAGAAAAGGAAGAGGAAAGAAUUUCGGUUGAAGAAACUGGCUGAACAGAGUGCCCAAGAGCAGCAGCCAGAGAUAAAACCGAAAGAGGAGCCAACCCCAGCUGCAAGCAAAAGAAAUGAAACUAGUAUCGUCUUCAACAAGAUGGAGACAGUGGAAGAAGUUUAUUUAGACAAAAUGCAAAAAAAGAAGAACAAGAAACAGAGCGUCAAGGGCCAGAUAACACCACUGACAGGGAAAAACUAUAAGCAGCUGCUGGAUCGCGUGGAAUCUCGCAAGGAAAAGCUGGAGAAGCUGAGGGAGAAAGACGAAGGGAAGGCUCGUCAGAUGGAGGAGAAGAUUAAGUGGACCAACCUGCUUUAUAAAGCGGAGGGCAUCAAGAUCAAAGAUGACGAGAACAUGCUGCGUGUCGCUCUGAAGAGAAAGGAGAAGAACCGCAGCCAGAGGAAGAAGACAUGGGGCACACGCAGCGAGAACGUGACGGACAAGAUGCAACACCGUCAGGAUAAGAGACGAAAGAACAUCCAGAAACACAAGCAUUUGAAAACGGAGAAGAAGAAGGACAAGGCACGAAAGAAAGGCAGAAUUUUGCCUGAGGACUUGAAAAAAGCUUCAGUAAAAUAAAGUGGAAGGAGAUUAUGAUCAGAAAACACACUCAAAGAAAUUUUGUUGGUUUUUUUUUGACAGUGUGAUUUAUUAAAUGAUAUUAAAGUGCUACUGUUGAUACACAUAUUGUACCUUCUUUCCUGUGUAGGAGUAAAAUUACAUGUUGUUGUCAAUAAAAUGCUGUUCAUCAUUGAUAAACGCAAAUGGCAAGUUGUA